AUGUGUCGCCAGCUCUACAACCUCGUCCUUCUGAAAUGCCUCCAGUACGGCGACUCUGCCAGGGCGUUGGAUUUCUGGCAGGAGACACACACGGGCAUUGCUUCCUGCAAUGCGGUGCUCGCAACCUGUGAGCCGGAGAUGGACUGGCCAGAGUGGGUGGAAGCCUGCGGCGAGCUGGGUCCUGCCAGCUGGCUGCAGGCAGUCAUCAGGUCGGCGUCCCGUGCCACGCUCGCCUUGGCACGCGGGAAAACUGUGGGACAUGGACCCGGAUGGCAGCAGGAUGCUUUGGGUCAAGUGGCGUUGACCAUGGAUGUGCUGUCCUGGCAUGGCCUUGCCGCCAGCAUCUCACAAGUGACAAACCUCUUUGCCGAGAAUGUCUUGGAGUUCGUCCUGGAGGCCAUUAUUGCGGAGACCGACGAAACUAUCCUGUACAAGUCCUCGACUGGGCGGACAAGCACUAGGCUGCGGGAGCCCAUCCUGAAGGGCUGCCAGCUUCAAAAUGUCAUGCUCAGUAGCUCGUUUACGAAGGAAGCCUUGCAGAAGCUGCAGCUCGCAGCUGACGAGUCAUGGCUUCCUGCUGCACGGUUGCAAGCUCGCAGAGGGCUUCCCGCGCAAGACCAAGGAGACGGCUUGGAUCCAGCCGGUAUGUUGAGAGCGCGCUGGGCCAUGUGGACCUCGCCAGACGGUCAAGGCCAAAGCCGCGGCUUGUUCGUACUGGGUGGAGAUGCCGGCUGCAAAGAAUGGCUGGCACCUCAUGCGCUGGAGAACGCCAUGAUGAGAGCCAAAGGCCACGAGCAGUUGCUGUCGGAGCUGGUCCAGGAAGUGGGCAUCAAGAGUGGGCAGGUUCGCAUGUACAUGUCCUACAUUCCUUGCCUGGCUUGCUUGGCCCAGCUCUACCAGCUGCGCAGCACAGGUCUGAAAUUGCAGAUUGGCUUCGAUACUUGGCGAGAGACGCGUCAUUGGGUCGGCUGA